AUGCUAACAUUUCAGAGCCCUCGUUCGUCACGAAGGACAUCUGCUAUGGGAAAUCCAGAAGAGGCUGUAGCUGAAAAAAAUUUGGGGAAUACUGCUUACAAGCAGAAGGAUUUUGCAGAAGCUCACAAGCACUACGACAAAGCUAUCGAGCUCGACCCCACUAAUAUCACAUUUUAUACGAACAAGGCAGCUGCCUUCUUCGAGGAGCAGAAAUAUGAUGAAUGCGUGGAGUUGUGCAAGAAGGCUGUAGAAGUGGGUCGCGAGCAUCGCGCUGAUUUUAAAUUGAUUGCCAAAGCGAUGGCUCGUGCAGGCAAUGCAUUGUCUAAGAAGGAGGAUUAUAAAGAAGCGCUGAAUUGGUAUGAAAAGUCAGUCUCCGAACAUAGGGAUCCAGAAGUUGUCAAAAAAGCGAAAGAACUUGAGAAGGAAAUCAAAGAGAAAGAGCGUUUGGCUUAUGUAAAUCCGGAGUUGGCGCAGCAAGAGAAGAAUUUGGGAAACGAGCUGUUUAAAAAAGGUGAUUAUCCUGGGGCUAUGAAGCACUACAACGAAGCAGUAAAACGUGACCCUGACAAUGCGAUUUUAUACUCUAAUCGUGCUGCCUGCUACACAAAACUCAUGGAAUUCCAGCGUGCUCUUGAUGACUGCGAGCAUUGUAUCAAACGUGAUCCAAAGUUCAUCAAGGGAUAUAUCCGAAAAGGUGCCGUUUUGUCCGCAAUGCGUGAAUGGACAAAAGCUAAACGAGCUUAUGAAGACGCUCUUGCUGUAGACCCAUCUAAUGCUGAAGCACUCGAUGGUCUCCGCACUUGCUUCCGUAGCAACGAUGAAGAUCCAGAAAAGGCGCGCGAGCGAGCUUUGGAAGACCCGGAGGUACAAGCUAUACUUCGUGAUCCUGGAAUGCGAUUACUGUUGGAACAGAUGAGCCAGGAUCCUGGUGCAGUAAGAGAGCAUUUGCAAAAUCCCGACAUUGCCGCUAAACUUCUGAAACUGCGUGACGCUGGCAUCAUACAGAUGAGACUUGAACGCGCUAACGGAACAAAAUCGUCAAAGACUGCUCAAAUGGUUCAGUAUCGGAUAUUAGAGCACUCUAUGCGUGAUAUGCCUCUUGUCUAA